UCCCCGGUGAGCCAAGUGUCUAUUGGUUCCAAAAUGGCCGACGCAUGGGGGUUAGUUUCUCUAUCAUGUAUCGUUACUUGCCAUCCACAGCAUCUGAGAUUUUGGGAGGAAAGAUAAACCGUUCGCCUCUGACUCACCCAAAUAAGCUCAGCCGCAUGCAGCCAUCCUCCUGUUGGAGGACUGGCGGCUAGCAGAAGCACUGUAAGCCAGCGAGGGGUAGGAGGAACUGAAGCGCAAUUGGACAGUCUGCGGUGCAACAGAAUGGCGGUGCGGAGCGGCAGGUGCAGCUGAGUCGCGCAGACACCGUGGGGGAAGAGGCAAACUCAUUAUCGCAGAUGCAUUUACAACGACACGACCACGGACUAGUGCUUUCUGCCAAUGCAUCAUCUCAAUAGACUUCACAUUGAAGAAGAGGGGGGUAAAUAUCAACAGCGUUAAUUUGCCCAAUUUAUGUAGUCAUACUGUUAGUUGUCAGAGGUGAAAGAUUUAAUUGUAAGGGAUAUCAUUUACCAAGCUUUUCUGCGUAAGGAUAUACAACAAUAAUGAGGACUGAUUUCAAAGUGUCGGUGAAUCCUGUGUCUGCGAAAGUUAUGUUAGCUGUUCGUAUCAGGUAGCAUAUCUUGUUACAUCCAAAUGUAAUUCUAUUGUGUAGUGGACAGUCGCUGCGUGUCGGUGCGCCUGGACUUAGUAGGCUAGUCUCUGCUCCCUCGCUGUAUCCUGCGUUUUUCAGCAGAGGCGGAAUUGCACUAAGCUGGAUCAAUGCACCAGAGACACCUUUACACUCGUCUGUUACGGAAUAAUUGUAGAUAGAAAAAUCUCUCUCAGUUGUUUAUUACAUUGAAAAUCCCUUGAGAUAAGGGAAAGUCAUAGAGAGCUGUAGUCGGUGAUAGGUUACUAUAAAGCGUUGCAAUAUGUUAAUACAUGGUCAAUAAUAAUUUCCCUGGGCCUUUGCCUUUUUUCGUACUGACUGCAAAGGGAAACACACCAGUUUAGGAUUCAGGAUUUCUCAACCCAUUCCCUUGGACAGACAAUAUGGAAAUUUGAAGUAUAAUCGUGCGCAAAGACAUUAUUUCAGUUUGAAUGAAAAGUGUAGCGUCUGAGCUGUGAUUGAAAACAAGAAUAGUACAGUGAACGUUUCAGAGAGGUACCUAAAAAAAAGUACAAAUCUGGCAGGUCCAGUUGAUGCUUACAUUAGAGAAGAGGUUGUGAAAGGGGUCUCCGUAAGAUUUCUGAAGACUUAGCGGUGUUAGUAUGUAUGUAGCUGGAAGAUUAAGUACACAUGGACAGUGUGAUGCAUGUAGUAAUGCAUUUCUUGGAGAUGGUUUUGUGAAUUCAUGGAGGAAGAGUCACAAUGCAAACAAUGUGGGUGUGGGAAAUUAGAUGAAUACUCAAGCACCUAUUUAGGGGAAUUGAGCUGAGAGGCAAUGUUCAGAGAGGGAAUGGAAGGGGAGUUGAAAGACGGAGGGAGUCAGGAGAUGAAGUGAGUGAUCGGAGGAGGUGGGUAGAGCUCGGCAUCAGAUACACUCAGACAUGCGCAAACCAUCAACCAGCUAAUUUGGUAUUGCAGUGGAUUUUUUUUGGGGGGGAGAUCAACUUUUGCCCUUGUUCUGUAGCCUUUCCCUCGUCAUCAUCACUGUGUAAAGAAUGGCUCAGAGGCUUCUUGGAAAUGGCCCGAAACCACUUCUCCAAGGAAUGACUCACGAAGAGUGGAUACUGGGGGAAAAACAUUGCUCUUCUGGGGACAUUUGACAUUUAACUUCAUGUGAAAGGAGCGCUUCUCGAGCCAGUAGGGUAUAGACAGAUGCAUUCUCUCUGAACCUCCCAUCCAGCCCUCGGAGCUACCAUCCGACAGACCUUUGGCAGAUAUUGCCUGUCAGUUGUCAGGACUUUGGUUGGAAGCUGUGUAUUGGAUGCUGCUCUUGUGUUGUGAACCAUGGAAGUGAAAGCAGACAGCCCUCUCUCCCCCCAAACACGUGUGUAUGGACUUGGAAUGCACAAAUGCCUCUCCUCCCAGCUGUGACUGUUUACACUCACUCACUCACUGUAGAUACCCUACACGUGUGGACUUAAGUAUGUCGAAAGUAUAAAGAAAAACGGUCUGUCAAAGACUUUCAUUUUUUCCCCUUCUCUCUAGUUAAAGCUUUGCAUGGGAUUUUGUUGUAUGGGUUAUUGCCUCAUGAAAGUAUCCAUCUUUUUUUGAGUGAUAAUUUCUAAUAGACUGGGGAAGGAUUCUCUUGUGCGUCAAAGAGAGAGAGAGAGAGAGAAAGAGAGAGAGUGAAAGAAACAGAGGGAGACAGAACUUUCUGCCUCUAAACCCCUCCAGGCCUCUCCCUCUCCCCCCCACUUACCGAGCGUGUGGGGGGGGGGAGCGCCAAACUCAGGGGUGAAAAGUUUUGUUUUCUGAGGUGAGCGAGCGAACGCAUCGUCUAAGGGCACCUCAGCCAUGGAUGCCGGAGGUCAGGGCAGCCCCGAGAGCCCGAACCGGGCUGUCGAGUACCUCCUGGAGCUCAACAAUAUCAUCGAGAGCCAGCAGAAGCUUCUGGAGACCCAGCGGCGGCGCAUCGAGGAGCUGGAGGUCCAACUGGACCGCCUCAGCCAGGAGAACAAGGACCUGAAGCUGGACCGACAGCCCUGCGUGUCCGACAGCAUCGGCGCCGGUCAGGUCGCGGAGCACGUCGUGGGGCACGUCGGCCACGCGUGCCAGCCGCCUCCUGUUCCCAUCCAUCCCAUCCAUCCCAUCCAGGCCCAUAACAGCAGUGUGCCCAUCCCGGCGCCGCCGCCACCCCCGCCUCCGGUGCCGCCGCGGGACCGCCGGACCCACAGCGCCCUGAGCCGGGUGGUGCCGCCAGGAACCGUGGCUGUGGAGAGGGAGAGACUGCAGCGCAAUGACACCUCCAGCACCAGCUCUGCCGCCACUCUGCACAGACAGCCAGAUGGAGACUCCAACAAGGGCAGUGUGGAGGGGGACCCACAGUGUGCCGAGACAGGUAGCUUCUCUGACAGCGCUGGCAGUCAGGCCCCGUACCUGGGCACCGCGGAGCGCUACGGCAAACCCAGCAUCGGCGUGGGCCCCCAGGGGCCUCCGGUGGCCCCUCCGAGCCCCACCAGCCUGGCCUGGGCCCAGCACACCCGGCACCAGCCCGCCAGCCUGGCCCUGCGCAAGCAGGAGGAGGAGGAGAACAAGCGCUGCAAGGCCCUCUCCGACAGCUAUGAGCUCUCAACAGACCUGCAGGACAAGAAGAAGAUGCAGAUGCAGAUGCAGGCGCAGGUGCAGUCGCAGCAGCAGCAUCAGCAGCAGCAUCGGUACCCGCACCCCAUGGCACUGGGGCUGGCGGGGCAGCCUGGCACGCUCGACCAGGAGGGCGCCUCUUCGCCCGACGGCCAGGGAGACCGAGACGACUACACAAAUAUGGACGACUCCUUCUCCAAACAGGUGAAGUCCCUGGCGGACUCCAUGGACGACACGCUCACGUGUCAGUCUGGUCGCGGCGACUCACAGGAGGAGGGCGUGAGUGGCGCAGAGGGCGACGACUUCGGCGAGUGCGUGUGGAGCAGCAGCGGCAACCCGUCCCUGUCGCGGCACGGCAUGGGGGAGCGGGAACGCGCCGGCGGGGGCCUGAGCAUGCACGAGGACAGCACGGCCACAUCCUACAGCGACGUCACGCUCUACAUGGACGACGGCAUGCCCUCCUCGCCGCUCUCCAUCGACCGCACGCCCAGCAGCACCGACACCGAGUACUGGACGGGCAUGGGGGGUGGAGGUGGCGGCAGCGGCGGCGGAGGGGGGAUGAUGUUGGGCGGAGUCCGCGAGGACAGCCGGGACACGGAGGGCGCCGGCAGCAGCAACAGUCGACGGAGCACACCCUGCACCGAGUGCCGCGACUACCGGCUGCGCGGGCCGCACCUGCCCGUGCUGACCAUCGAGCCACCCAGUGACAGCUCGGUGGACAUGAGUGACCGCUCCGACCGCGGCUCCCUGAACAGGCAGCUGAUGUACGAGCAGGAGCCUCCUGGUGGUGGUGGGGGAGGUGGAGCAGGAGGAGGAGUGGGUGGAGGUGGAGGUGUAGGAAUCGGGGGCUCGCCUCAGGGAACGCUCAAGCACAGCCCCGCCGCCCGCACCAUUUCCUCCUGCACCGCCCAGGGUCAAACGCGCACGCCCGGCCGCCCCCUGCCCUCCCCCAUCCCCACGCAGCUGCCCCACCACACCAUCCUCCACCACCACCACCAUCACCACCACCCCCUGCACCACCCCAUCCACCUCCACCACCACCAUCCGUACUCCGACACCCCCACGUCCCCUUCCCCACAGCAGCCCCCCCUCACCCCCCUCUCCACCACCUCCUCCAUGCCCAUGCCCCCGAUGAUCCCCGGCGUCAUGGAGCAGCCCUGCUGCUCGGACGGCGACAACGACUCGCUCAACUCCACCACCAACUCCAACGAGACCAUCAACUGCAGCUCGGGCUCGUCGUCCAGGGACAGCCUGAGGGAGCCGAUGCCCCCGCUGGGCAAGCAGACCUACCAGCGGGAGAGCCGCCACAGCUGGGACUCGCCCGCCUUCAACAACGACGUGGUGCAGAGGAGGCAGUACCGCAUCGGCCUCAACCUCUUCAACAAGAAGCCAGAGAAGGGCAUCCAGUAUCUGAUCGAGAAGGGCUUCGUGUCGGACACACCCGUGGGCAUUGCCCGCUUCAUCCUGGAGCGGAAAGGCCUCAGCCGGCAGAUGAUUGGAGAGUUCCUGGGCAACCGGCAGAAGCAGUUCAACAAGGACGUGCUGGAUUGUGUGCUGGAUGAGAUGGACUUCUCAGGGAUGGAUCUCGACGACGCUCUGAGGAAGUUCCAGGCUCAGAUCAAAGUCCAGGGGGAGGCCCAGAAGGUGGAGAGACUCGUCGAGGCUUUCAGCCAGCGGUACUGUGUCUGCAACCCAGUGCUGGUCCGACAGUUCCAGAACCCCGACACCAUCUUCAUUCUGGCGUUUGCCAUCAUCCUCCUCAACACAGACAUGUACAGCCCCAACGUCAAACCAGAGAGGAAGAUGAAGCUGGAGGACUUCAUCAAGAACUUGCGAGGCGUGGACAACGGUCAGGACAUUCCUCGAGACCUGCUCGUUGGGAUCUACCAGCGCAUCCAGAAAUGGGAGCUGCGGACCAACGAUGACCAUGUGUCUCAAGUGCAAGCUGUGGAGAGGGUGGUCGUGGGGAAGAAGCCUGUGCUGUCACUGCCACAUCGCAGGCUGGUGUGCUGCUGUCAGCUCUAUGAGGUUCCUGACCCCAAUCGACCCCAGAGGACUGGAGUUCACCAAAGGGAGGUCUUCCUCUUCAAUGACCUGCUGGUGGUGACCAAGAUCUUUCAGAAGAAGAAGACCUUGGUGACGUACAGCUUCAGACAGUCUUUUCCUCUGGUGGAAAUGCAGGUUCACAUGUUCCAGAACUCCUAUUACCCUCACGGGAUUCGUCUGACGUCGGCCAUCCCGGGCGGCGAAAGAAAGGUUCUGAUCGUGUUCACGGCGCCAAGCCAGCAGGACCGCACGCGCUUCGUGAGUGACCUGCGCGAGAGCAUUGCCGAGGUGCAGGAGAUGGAGAAGUACCGCGUGGAGUCUGAGCUGGAAAAGCAGAAAGGUGGGAUGCGUCCUGGCCUUAUGAGUGAAGGAGGUGGCGGCGGCGUGGGAGGAGGAGUUGGCGGCGUGGGGAUGAAGAGUGAGGCGGUGAACGGCACUCUGGGAAGGCCGAGCCUGGACGACACGUACGCCAGCACGGAGGGGCUGAAGCGCACAGCCCUCAGCUCCUCCUUACGAGACCUCUCAGAGACAGGGAAACGAGGUCGCAGAAACAGCGUCGGCUCCUUGGAUAGUACCAUCGAAGGUUCGAUCAUCAGUAGCCCCCGGCCGCACCAGCGCCUGCCCAUGUCCAGCUGCUAUGGCCUGGACGACUACCGGCCUCACCGCCCCAUCCUGAGCCCCGGAGUAGGGGUGGGGGGUGGGCCGGGGCAACAACAACAACAACCCCUCUCGUCUGGGGGCAACAACGGCGCCGGAGGCCUGUCCAGCAGCAGCAGUGGAGAGCGCGGGGCCGGUGGCUCGGGGACGGGCGCCAGUGGAUCGGGCGGCAGCAGCUCGGCGUCCUUCCUGGGCUCCCUGUUUGGCAGCAAGCGCGCCAAGCAACCGCCGCCGCCCCUGGUCCCGCCUGGGCCGCACUACCCGGCGCCUGUGCCGCCGCCUACCAGCGGGGGGCCGCCGCCACUCUCACCGUCCGCGCUCGGCCAGUCGGACCCCGGCGGGCCGUCCAAGCUGCAGGCCCUGCACGCGCAGUACUGCCACAACAGCAACAGCGUUGGCCAGCCGCCGCCGCCCUACCACCACCACCACCGCUACCACGUGCAGACCGUGCCUAUGGUCAGCGUGCCCUCAUGCCCCACGCCGGGCAUGCACCACACUAUGGUGCACCGCGGCUCCCUGCCCAGGCGCCCGCAGCUCGCGCCAAGCCACGCGCAGCUGCAACAGCAGUACAACCAGCAGCAGAUGGCUCAGCAUGCCAUGCUCCAGCAGCAGCAACAGCAGCAGCAAGGACGCUACGUCAACAUGGGCAUGGGCCUUGGCAUGGGCAUGGGCAUGAGCUGCACCCCGCCGCCACUUUCGCCGCACUCCCCUCUCUCGCCCGUGUCUCCGUUCCCGCUGUACCACGCGCACGGACACACACAUAUGCACGCAGCGCAUACGCAUUCCCACACCCCCCUGCACCCGACGCACUCGGUGCGCGGCCCCGGGCCCGGCCCCAAGCUGCCGCUGACGCUGUCGCACUCGCAGCCGCACCCACACGCCCACUCGCACGCCGCCGCGCUCUCCCACAUCCACGGCCACCUAGUGGGCGGCAGCGGCAUGGGCGGCGGCAGCAGCGGCGGCGGCGGACUCUCCCACAGCCCGUUGCCCGCGCACCAGCAGCACUUUGUGUUCGCCGCGCCGCCGCAGGCACCGCCCUCGGCCAUCACGGCGCGCUACGUGCCCCAGUACCCGCACCCCUCCACCAUUCCGCCUCCGCCCCCGCACUCGCCACUGCCGCCGCCCUCGCCGCACACCCCACUCACACCCCUCUCACCGCACCCGCCGGGAGCGGGCCCGGGUGGGGGGGGCAUGGGCCCGGGGGGCGGCCCCGGCAGCAGUGGGGGAGGAGGGGGAGCGGGCAGCAACAGCGGCACGAUGGGCAGCUCCAAGUCCAAGCCUGUCAACCGCAUCAGCACGGUGGUGUGAGGGGACCAGCGUCAGGGGCCCAGGCAGCCCGAGGGCCAAGCGUGAGAGCCAGGGGUGGGGAGGUGGUCCAGUUUAGCGGCGGCACCAGAACCCUGCAGCAGCAGCCGCAACAGCAGCGUAGAGGCAGCGGUGGAGCGGGCAAGAGGAGGAGGAAGAGGAAGCACAGUCUGAUGAGGCUUUGCUACUUUCACGUCCGCUGCCCUAGCGUAUAGCCGGAACCUUGAGCCACGCUCCGUCUCGCGACCAAGAACGACCUGCGUAAGCAUGCAUCAGCAUCAUCGAAGCCCCAUUUUGUUCCGUUUUGUUUUUUGUUCGCGUGUUUGUUUUGGAUAGCGCUUGUGCUUCUGCCGCAAAAGAAAACGAGGACGAGAUGCCGAGAUGCAUGCCGCCGCCACCACACACACACACACGCAAAGCGAAAGUCAUCCACGAUGCUUUUACCCACCGCGCAAUAAGGCUGGAGACAAACAAACACGAGAAGAGUGUCGAGGCCGAUAAGUACCGCUAAUCACAGUUCAGAACACGUCAACAGAGACACACAAGUGCAUGAGAGAGAGAGAGAGAGAGAGAGAGAGAAUAGAUUAUGACAGAAGGUUGGCAGAGUGGAAGAGAGUAGCUGUGGAGGUGAACUUUCACUCUCUAUUUCUUUGAUAAAAUGGCUCAGACAAGAUUCCAUUCUGGUAUUGAAUCUCUAGUUGGCCCCAGAAUGACCUGUGUGUGUGUGUGUGUGUGUCAGAUCCCGGGUUAGAUCAGCCAUGGUUGGAGAAUACAGGUUCAUUUAGUGGUCAUAAAGGACUUAUGCACAGUGGCACAUAUUAAGAGACCACAGACAGCUGUCAGGGCAUGGACAAGAGAGAGCAUGGCUUUUGCCAUUUGGAUUCAUCGGAUUCUCACAUUCAACACCUGCUGUGAUGUUGAUAAUCAUGACAAUCAUUUCAUCACCCACUCAAAGGACACCGAGAGCAUAUAAAGCUGGCACGUCUGGGCUUGACUAUGACCUUGAAAUGUCAAUGUCAUCAGCUGUUGUUCUGGUCAGGGCUAAUCACUCCAGCCAAUGUUCUUCUGCCUCUUCUGAUUUACUUUGUCUUGAGCCAUUUGGCAGACAUUUGAUUCUGCAACAUGGAGGACACAUUUUCUUUUUGACGUAACUACUUCAAAGACUGAUCCUAACAACAUGUAAAGGUCUAUUACCCACUCCUGCAAUUUUGAAGUGUCAAAUGUAUAUGAUGGAGAGUUUGUUGAGGUAUUGCUCUAAGUCACUUCUCAAAUGCAAUAAGCAAGCCAUACUAACAUUAUGACAGAUUGAUAGUUUUGGUCAGACAAUGUUAUGAAGUUAUAAUAUGAAGUUUUAUAUCAGUGUUAUUGGUGGUGACAUGGGUGAGUUUCUCUCUUUCCUAUGUUGCACAAAUAGGAAGUAAACAGUUUUUAACUAAGUUGGAUUGUUUUGUUUUUAUCAAUGAUAUUGUGUUUUAAUUCGCUAUCAUUGUCCAAGGAAAGAUGACCCCAUCAGUUCUCAGUUCAAGAUGGUAUGUUGUUGGAGUGAGUUAGCAAUUAGAUACUGAGGGCCAGAUGUACGUACAUUUCCGAACGUAGCGUUAUCAGCGUCAUGGACAAACCUCAGAUUGCGAACGCUGUCAGACCCAAGUUUCCGUCGUAUUUAUCAAACUAGUGUAAA